UACACCUUCCCACACUGCAACUGGAACCCGAAGGGCGGCGGUGACUUCCGGCUUGUCAACUGUACAGUUACCAAAGUCUGCUACAAGUACGGAAAGUGCACAACAAACGACCCCAUGGUGGGGAAACGCAUCACAGGAAGUAACGACACCGUGGCCUCCAAGAUGGUGGAUCUGGACCCUUAAUACCAGAUGUACACGUCUCAACUAUGGGGUCUUGUUGUUGGGGUAGAGGGCGCUUUUCAAGGCAAGUUUAAGGUCAAUACAGUGAUGGACAUAUGGCAACGAUGUAAGGAAGAGGGUUGCCCUGGUGACCCCGGAUCGUCAGGGUACUGGAGUUCUGUGCUGGAGAGUGUGACCUGGUUGGAUCAGAAAGAUGAUGGCGAAAAGGAUACAUGGGAUAACAUAGUCCUAACAUUCGUUGACCAACUCAAGUAUCCCCAUGGAGAUUCCUCUCCGGCGGCUGAAACCUUGUACAUAAAGUUCACGGUAGACAUGAUGAACGAAGAUCCGCGAACCCGCAACUUUGCCCAUGGGCGAGUCAUCGGAAGCAUCUCGACCGUGGGCGAUGUGGAGACCCAGAAGCUUGGAUUCCCCGAGUUCAACAGAAUGCUGUGGGGACAGGGGCUCAUCACUGCCUUAAAUGGACAGCCGACACUACCACAAAUGAUGGACUACUACCAUGCACCAUUCUACAUAGACGAAAAGAACUACAAAUUCGUGGUAGACCUCAGCAAUAGUUUACCAACACACCUGAACGGUUCACUCGUCGACCGUGGCAACCUGCUCCUUCUCCUGAUCUACAGAAGAGAUUCCUUGAAAUGGGAGAAUGGAAUGAUAAAGAACUGUGACGACAUCCUUCACAACCCUGAAAUCAACGUCGGAACGAUAGGUUAUACUGCGGAUGAGUGGCUACGGCAAGAUGCUGGGAUUGUCAUCAUGGACAUCGCCGGCCAGGAUCCAAAGGAGCAUAAUGUGGUCGUGAUGGUCGUUAAGGAAGAAGCCCCGCCCUGCCAACAGUGUCAGAAACAGUGCCUACCGGUCCUUGUCGAGCACCAUAAGGGGCUGUACAUAGGUGCAGCAGAAGACAGAGUUUUCCGGAUCCCAGAGCCAAACACUGAGUCGAAACGCACAGGAGAAGAUGAUGACAAGGUUUCCUGGACAUUGAAGAUAUUCGCUACACAGUUUGGCAAGCCAGCCAAGAAUACCAAGUUAAAUGUUAAGCUCAACACCGAUCGAAAUGACAUCUGCAUACCUACAGAUGCAAUUACCCUCGGUCCUGAUUAUGAAAGUUUUCACACAUCACCUGGCCAAUUCAUCACAAAUUACCAAGGGCUUGCAUCUAUCACAUUUACGACAAACAGGGAGGGUCUUGAUUGCAGCAAUCCAGACCUGGAGACAAGGAGGGGAUAUCAAGUGGACGGGCAAUUGUAUGUCUAUGACAUCACGGUGCAACCCAAGGGUGACACAGAUGUAGCCUUUCCCCAAAACCUGAAGACAACAAUACACUUAUAUUGUAAACAUGAAAGCAAACCGCCUUACACAUGGGUCGAUGACAUUUAUCCGAUAUGCCAGCAAUAUGACAACCUUUAUCCUGUCAUGAAGCCGCUCUUCAAUCUCGCCUCUUACAGAGAAGUGGUGCGGGAUUCUACGAGGAAACAGUUGCUGCAUUCCCUGCAACUGCCUAUAGAGGAUCCAAACCACAUGCCUGUCACACGUGAUCUGUCCCCGGCAAAAAAGGACAUGCUUGUACACUGGUUAAAACAACAUGACAGAAAGUAUAGUCUUGAAGACCAAGCUACCAGAUUAGCUGAGUUGAAAGAAAACCUUCAGCUAGCACUGCGGUUGGAGUUGGCCACGAUCCCCCCGUAUCUGAGCGCCUACUUCAGCAUCAAGGACGGCUUCAACACUAAAGUCGCCAGCCUGCUGAAAGACAUCGUGGUGCAGGAAAUGUACCAUAUGGCAUUGGUGGCCAACAUCCUCAAUGCUAUCGGAGGGACUCCGGUCCUAAACGAUCCGGACUUGCUCCCCACGUAUCCAGGUCCACUGCCUGGAGGUUGCCGCCCGGAACUUAACAUACAGUUGGCCAAGUGUUCUCUCCACCAGAUCCAUGACGUCUUUAUGGCUAUAGAGAAGCCAGAAUGCUUGGUGAAUGCGUAUUCACAUAUUUUUGACAUUCUUGAUGAUGAUGUGUCAUAUAUGUCCAAUUCCCGAUCUGAUGAUUCCAGAUGUCUAUUACUGGAAACGAAUGUGGAAAAAAAGUGCAAGGAUGACGUAAAAAACUAUGACCCAGACACUAUAGGUGCCAUAUACAUCCACAGGAUAUUAUGUCCUAUGAUAGAUCUCUACGCCAACGGCAGCGGCAGUCUGACGUUCGACAAAGACACAACAAAGCAGUACCCCGCGCCAUUUAAAGUGACAGACGUGUGCACGGCAAUAAUGGCAGUACAUCAAAUCACCGACCAAGGAGAGGGCGGACAUCCCUGCGAUCCAUUUUACAAGGGGCCAGGAGGUGAAGAUGAACUCAGCCACUAUUACAAGUUUGCGGAGAUAGCACAUGGCAAAGCGUUGGUUACGGCUCAGUGCCAUAACGCUUAUACCGAGCAAGGACAGAACGGACACAGCGGCGAGCAGUGCAGGCACGUCCACGAGAAGUCUAAACACGAUUCCUUCACCCCAUGUGGUAUCUGUUGUGAUACGAAGUAUGAGUUCGCCGGUGCCCCCAUACCCUUCUAUGAGAACGCAGUGUGGCCCACUCUCCCCAACCCAAGCUCAUCCAAGUACCCACCCGGCUCCAGGGCACGCAAGAUGUCUGACCGCUUCAACGAGAAGUACACCAGUCUGCUCAUUUGUCUGCACGAUAUGUUCAAUGGAAACCCGCGCAACAUGAAGAAGUGCUUCGGCCUGAUGUCAUCCCUGACCGUGGAUGCCAAGAAAAUGGUCCAAACGCCCAUCGACCCUGACGGCGACCCAAACAUAGGGCCGAAUGUGGCUCCUACAUUCGAGUGGUAUCCGCCUGUCAACUGAUUAACGUU